CAACAACACCUUGCCGGGUAGUAGCUGCUGUCAGGGAAUGUCUAAUAAGCAGCACACAUCUUUCUGUCUGUGGUCCAUGCAAUGCAAUUGUAAGAUGAUUGAACUUCGGCAUUGUUUACAAUAGAAGUCUCACUGUUGCCUUAUCUCGUCCAGAUUAAAUCAGGUUUGUUAGAUUUCUAUAACCCUUCCCCAGAGAGACCCCUAAAGAGAACUGAGUCGAAAGGUCAUCAUAUCAGAUCUAGAUCUAGAUUUUGUCAGCUGGUAAAAUGGAUCGCGCCCUCCUGGUUUUGUAUGGAAGCCAGACUGGGACAGCCCAGGACACGGCGGAGCAAAUAGGACGCCAAGCACAGAGAAGGCGGAUGAGAGUCCGAGUUGAGGCCUUUGACAGUUACAAUGUGGCUGGCUUGAUAUCUGAAUCUUUGGUGGUGUUUGUGUGUUCCACCACCGGUCAAGGGGAUCCUCCAGACAACAUGAAGAACUUCUGGCGGUUUCUCUUCAGGAAGUCUUUGCCUGCUGGAUCUUUGUGUCGUCUAGACUGUGCAGUGUUGGGUCUUGGAGACUCCUCCUAUCCCAAGUUCAACUUUGUUGCCAAGAAACUCUCAAAGCGGCUUUUGCAGCUUGGUGCCAAUGCUCUGUUGCCAGUGGGACUAGCAGAUGACCAGCAUGACCUGGGGGCAGAUGCAGUGAUUGAUCCUUGGCUCAAAGCAUUCUGGGAAAAAGCACUGGCUCUGUAUCCCCUCCCGGCAGGACAGAGCCUUAUUAAAGAUGAGGAACCACUUCCACCACGCUAUGCAUUCCAUUUUCUGGACAACAUCAUGAAUGAGUCCAGCUGUCGUGUGAAUGCACAGGAGGACUCUGGGCCUCCCUCUUCCACUCACCCCUUCUCAGCCAGGGUGGUGUUCAAUCACAGGGUCACAAGUCCUUCCCACUUCCAGGAUGUGCGGCACAUUGAAUUUGACAUUAGCGGCUCAAACAUUGAGUUCACUGCUGGGGACGUGGUAAUGAUAAGGCCCUGUAAUGCCCAAGAGGAUGUGGACGAGUUCUGCCAGCUGCUACGUCUGGACCCUCAGAGCCAGUUCACUCUGCAGCCCACAGACACUAGCACAGCGGCAGUGCCCAGCCGACUCCCCCAGCCCUGCUCCGUAAGGCAUCUGGUGGAGUGCUUCCUGGACAUCGCCGCCGUGCCUCGCCGCUCCUUCUUCGAACUGCUCGCCACCUUCGCCACCAACGAGCUGGAGAGGGAGAAGCUGGCCGAGUUCAGCUCGGCGCAGGGACAGGACGAGCUGCACGCCUACUGCAACCGGCCUCGCCGCACAGCACUUGAGGUGUUAGCGGACUUUCCCCAUACAACGGCAGAGCUGAAGGUUGACUACCUGCUCGAUCUGUACCCUGAGAUUCAGCCACGGUCCUUCUCCAUAGCCUCAUCACGACUGGCCCAUCCCAACAGAAUCCAGAUCCUGUUGGCAGUGGUGCGCUACAGAACCAGAAUGCAGAAACCACGCAGGGGGCUGUGUUCUUCCUGGCUGGCCUCUCUAGACCCAUCACAAGGUGAUGUGUAUGUGCCGUUGUGGGUUAAGAAGGGAAGCCUGAAAUUUCCGAGGGAUCGUGACACUCCUGUGAUCAUGGUGGGCCCAGGAACUGGAGUGGCACCAUUCAGAUCAGCACUUCAGGAGAGGAUCAGUCAGGGAAGGACAGCCAAUGUGCUUUUCUUUGGUUGCCGCUCUGAGUCUAAGGACUUCUACUGCCGCUCUGAAUGGGAGGAGAUGGAGAAGGCUGGACAGCUCAUUCUGUCUACAGCAUUCUCCAGGGACCAGGAAGAUAAAAUCUAUGUACAGCACCGAGUAAGGGAACAAGCAAAGCUCCUGUGGGACCUCAUAGCUAACAAAAAUGCAUUUUUCUACAUAGCAGGCAAUGCCAAGCAGAUGCCAACGGGAGUGUGUGAUGCCUUGAAGGAGGCGUUUCAGACAGAGGGGGGCGUGUCUGACUCUGAGGCACAGGAAAUGCUGGAUGCCCUGGAGAAGUCUGGCCGCUUCCAGAGUGAAACGUGGACCUAGGGGAUCCUCCGGCACCCUCAGCCUUUUCCAAAUGGGCAGGGUUUAUUUUGUGAGAACUCCACUGAUCAAGCCGUUACCCCCUUACAGAAACUAUCAUGAAGCCAUUAGUCCUUAAGAUAUUCUCUGCCAAAACCACAGAGCCUUUUUUUUGUGAAUAACAGAAAUCUCAGCCACCAAACUUAACAGUUUAUUACCUGUUCCUAUGGUGUAGUGUAACCACACAACUCAUCCCAUGAAUUCUUACAUGUAUUGUAUAUGGCCCUUAAUGAUGCAUACUGAAAUACUUGGUAUAUUGGCAAAUUGAAGUUCAACAAACCGAACAUAUUAUUAGCAAACAUAUUAUUAUUAUUAUCAUCAUCAUCUAUAUUCCUUCCAGGCAGUCACAAGGACUUACAUGUGCUGCUUAAUUUGAGCCAAUUGUAAUAUUCUGUAAAUACUGGGAAAUGAUCAUGCCUUUAAAGCCCAAUGGCAUUUUAUGAAGACUCUAUACAGACUUAACCUUAUUGUAACAGAGUCAUCAACUGAUUAGGAUUAUAAUCUAAUAAAUGAACUGCUUUGGAAAACAUUACACAUGUUACACUAGAUUACAUUAUGCAACACUUUCACGUUCAGGUCAACAAACAGUGUUUAGAGAAAACAAAAAAAACAACCUCAGUAUUUCACUUUAAAGAUGUAUAUUUAACACAUUCACACACUUUCAGAACACGCACACAAACAUCACAAAAUAUAAAUAUGUUACAGCAUUUCAUGUAAUCUAUCCUGUCCUUGCACAGACAAAAGUGUACUGAUGCCAAAUGUCACUGCAUCUUCUUUCUCACUGAAUAGCAAAAGACUGAUUGGAAGAGUAACUUGCCUGUAAAUUGAUUGGAUUAUCUGUCUUUCUGAAUAAAAACAGCUUUAAAAACGUG